GACUCCAGGUAACAAACCAGGCAGCAGCCCCAGAGGUCAGACCCCAGACGAGACCGGACGUCGCCACAACGGACACUCCUCUGUUGACUUGGCCAACUCAGUCACCAGCGACAUGCUCACGAUGUCUCCAGGUUCAGAGGAAGAUGAUCACGAGGGUCCGGUGUGUGAGAAGUUGGGUCGUAUUCAGUUCAGCGUUGGAUACAGUUUUCAGGACUCCACCCUCACCGUCAAAAUCCUCAAGGGCCAGGAUUUGCCUGCUAAGGACUUUUCUGGCACCUCUGAUCCGUUUGUCAAACUCUACCUACUGCCAGACAAGAAGCACAAACUGGAGACCAAAGUCAAGAGGAAGAACCUGAACCCUCACUGGAACGAGACCUUCCUGUUUGAAGGGUUCCCCUAUGAGAAGGUGGUGCAGAGGACUUUAUACCUGCAGGUCCUUGACUAUGACCGCUUCAGCAGGAACGACCCCAUAGGAGAGGUCUCCAUCCCCCUCAACAAACUGGACCUGGCCAACAUGCAGACUUUCUGGAAGGAGCUGAAACCAUGUAGCGAUGGCAGCGGGAGUCGGGGGGAUCUGCUGGUGUCUCUGUGCUACAAUCCAACAGCCAACACCAUCACUGUGAGCAUCAUCAAAGCCCGCAACCUCAAAGCCAUGGACAUCGGAGGCACUUCUGAUCCCUAUGUAAAAGUGUGGUUGAUGCACAAGGACAAGCGUGUGGAGAAGAAGAAGACGGUGGUAAUGAAGCGCUGUCUCAACCCCGUCUUCAACGAGUCCUUCCCCUUUGACGUGCCUGCCCACGUGCUGAGGGAGACCACCAUAAUUAUCACCGUCAUGGACAAGGACAGGCUCAGUCGCAAUGAUGUCAUUGGAAAGAUUUAUCUUUCCUGGAAGAGUGGCCCUGCAGAAGUAAAACACUGGAAAGACAUGAUGGGUCGCCCUCGUAAUGCCGUGGCCCAGUGGCACGCUCUGAAGGCCUGAGGGACCAAGCAACCUUCCUGCCUACAGGCUUUCCCUCCCCAGAAUCCAGCAUCACUCUGCCCUCAGCACAUACCCCUUCUUCUCCCUAACUGCAGUCUUUGGCUGGAGAUAAUGUCUGUCAUCUCUUUGUUCUCAGGCCUCUUUGAUAUCCUCUGCCCUCAGUCCUUGUGACGCCAUCCUUACAUUUCACUCUUGUCAGGCUCUGAUUCCCACCUGACCCCCCCUUUCAUUCCUUAAAUGUCUUUGAUGUCGUCACUCAUUUCCUCCGUAUGCUCUUUUCCUUUUUUUCUUUUUAAAGAUACCCCUCAGUCUGCCCUCCACCUUGUCAAACAUGCCUGGUAUUUAACAUGACCAGCACAUCUUGCCACCCAUAAAUACAAACUAUCAACCAAAAAUGGAUCAAGCUGAUAUUCCAGUGAUCCUCUGGGGCAGCAAGAUGGGCUGUGUUCAAACCUGUGCAACCAUUUUCAUCUGGUGUUGGUGAGGAAUUUCCCCCUCUGUUUCUUACCACUGUCUUCAACUCUUCUUACGGUACUGUCAUUAUUCUUCUACACCCUGAAAAAAUCUGGAAAUUCAACACAAGCUUAGGAAGAGAAAUAUGCUGUAUGUAAAAUGUAAUUGGACUGGAAUUGGCCUCCACUUCCACUCCUUACUCUCACUUUGGCACCACUGUAAUAAUUCUCCCCCGGCUGGAACCCUUUGUUGUCUGUGCGUGCUGUGGGUGAUGUGCCGUAACCCAAAAUGAAGUUUAAAAAAAAAGAAAAGAAAAUAGGAUAUGAACAUGAACAUUUAAAGCUGGUUCCACAGGUCAAGUGUGAAAAAAACCUUCCUAUUAUUUGGAAAAAAAGAAAUCCCAGUCGACAGGGGGAAAAAAAGAAUACAAUUAAUGUUUUUGUUGUUUUGUAUUGAUUUUUUCUUUCCAAAAGAAAAUAGAGAAUCACCCUGUUCUUCCAGGCACAUAAAAUAAGCAAAAAGCCAGCUUCUAGAAGUGUGGCGGUGUGGGAUUUUGAAUGUGUUUGUGUGAAUGAGGCAGUGUUGUGGACUUGAACAGAUACAUUUGAGAUAUUGUAGAAAACAGCAUUUCCCUUGAUCAUUUAACAUGAAGGUAUUGUUAAAAUGUGUGGUGUUGCAGUUAGUUGAAGACCUGGGGAGGUCACUAUUAGGUUUCAGGGUCGGUUCACUCAAAUUAAAGACGCACACACACACACACACAGUAUUGUCUAUUGACUGUUGGUGGUAUAAAGGCGGGCUGAUGGCAUUUGCUGUAUUUAACUGGGGUUUUGCCCCUGAAUUGCUGCUGCCAUAUUCAAAUGCAAAGCAGAUCAAUAGGAUUUCAUUGUGGUGCUAACAGUGUUUGAAAUGGCUUUAGUGAAAAAUGUAACAGUGGCUUGUCUUUCCAGAAAAAAAAUCGGUGUUAAUCAGCUAAUUGAAAAACACCUCGGUGAAAGGGUUUUCAUUGUGACUGGAGAAAAACAUUCGACAACGAAAUCUGGCCUCAGCAACAACAGUUAUUCAAGCUUUAUAUUAAAUGUUCUUUUGUCACUAUUAAGAGGUUGGACAGGUUGAAGUAGCACACCGGAAACUAAAACAGAUUUUUAUUUCAUGAUGCUGCCAGGGGCAUUUUAUUUUAACAACACGUUAAAAAGGCUGCAUUAAAGGUCCCUUUACUGGCUUUUUUUUUUUUAAAUCUCAGAAAAAAUGGUUUACACAGCUGAAUGUUAUAUCAUUAUGUGGUAAACAUCAGUGAUGGGGCAAUAAAAUAGGCCCUAGGCUGCAGAAGAUUAAUAAGAAAUAAUGAAACAAAACAGCACUGCCAAUGAUAUUUUUUGUCAGGUGUCAAAUGUAAUUGAUCUGAAAAUCAAAACAAUACUUCUUGCUUCGGCUAAACUCGCAUGUUAUGAAUGCAGGCGGUUAAUGGCUCUAUUAGGGUUACAGAUGGAUACGGUAUGUUGAGAAAUCAGAUGAGGUGAGAUCAAUGUAAAUGCGCUAUCAGUGUCACCCAGGUAACAACAUAACUGUCAGCCGUACAGCUGGAUUAGCUGUUACAUCCUACCUUUUCAUUUUUACCAAACACUGAGUCCAAGUAUCAUUAUUGGACCUGUUUUUUGUUGUUGUUGUGAGGUCUUUGAAGUUAGAAGUCAGUCUUCCAGUUGUUUGCCUCGCUGCCUGAAUGUGACCUCCCCUGAGUCCUGUAUAGGUCUGUGCUGACCAGAUGAGUGGAAACAAAUUAGAGUAAUAAUAUCUGGGGGGGAAAAGUCUUUUUACAUUCCACUGUUUGUUUUUGUCUUCUGGAUGUGUGUUUGCGUUUGUUAGUAUGUGUGUUUGCAUUGUGGGUGAGUGUCAAUAUUGAAAGUUUAGUUUGUGUGAUUGUAUUUUCUGUGAGUCUCUGUGUGUGUGUGUGUGUGUGUGUGUGUGUGUGUGUGUGUAUAUAUAUACAUGUAUCUGCACUGAGUUCUAUUUUGCCAGUUUAAUACAGAACCGCAUUGUUUACCGUUUUUAUUCUGUAUGAAACAAUCCAGAUGUACAAAGAAAUGUUUUGUUUUUUUAAAGUCGUCACUUCUUUAAGAUUCACUGCACUCGUUGAAGCUGAUGCUGGAACAAACCUCUCUUAAUAGCGUGUUAUUUUCCUCAUGAGUGGACUUUUGGUCUGGUAGGCAAAUCGGUUAUACACGAGCUGAAAGCCAAGGUCAAAGAUAAAAACCACACAAAUGAGCUUUACAGCCAUGCUAGAUUUAAAUAAAAAAAACUUUUGUUAUACCAUUAAGCAAUGGAUUUUAUUGCAAACAGAAUUAGAUAACCAUAUUUUGUCCUUUCUGUCCUUCUAAUCUGGUCCGUUAUGAUUCAUCAAGACCAAAAUAAAAAGAAGGGUGGCACCUUGAAAUCAUUGCUGACGUUGCCCCGAAACUCCCCCAUUGUGCACACAUGCUUUCUGGCACAAAGUGUUCUGUGUGUGCCUUAUGUACCCUGCCACGCCUCGCUCUUCACCAUAUGUGAUCCCUCCCUCCAAGUGUCAGGGAGGGGGGGAGGAGAAAAAAGAAAAGUGAGAGAGGAGAUAAUCAUCACCUCUUUGCAUCACUGUUAGCUACAUCUCAGGUCAGAGCAUUGGAGCAUCCCAAAAUAACACAGUCUGUCCUGAUGGCCCUGUGUGUGUUAAACAAGGCGUUACAUUCCAAAGGCUUAGUGAAAGUCACUUAAAUCAAUGCAGGUACCAUUUUCUUUUUCAAAAAAGUCAGGGUUUGGUGUCUUUUAGCUUUUAAGGAAUCGAGCUAGAUCUGUCCGUCUACACUCUUCACUAGCCAAUUGCCAUAUUCUGGUACUUAUUCUUGGACACGCUCGCAUUUCUGAUUUAGGGCAUUCUCUUGUGGGGGAAAGCUUGAGACAAAGAGAGGUUUACCAGCAACAUUAUAUCUGAUAUACUGUACAAAUGAAUGUGAAGUGUCCUGUAUGGAAAAAAAAAGAGAAAAAAAAUCAUCAGUAUAUUCUGGGGUUGAUGAUAUCUGUCUGUCUUUGGUAUCACUCAGCCCCUCUCUCACGCCCUCUUCUCUUUGUAGUUACACAUCCGUGGGGUGCACAAUGUCAAAUAUCAACCAUUUAUUUUUUUUAAACCUGUACAGUGUAUAUAAAAACAUAAAUGUGUAUAUAAAACAAAGAAAACUCUGA